AUGAGCACCCAGCCAAUGUCAGCGGAAGCCCUGAAAGAUCUUGCGACUCAACAAUUCAGGGAGAGAAAAUACCGCGAAGCAAUAGCGACGUAUAGCACUAUCAUCAACCGCUCCAGACACCUCGCAGAACCUCCCGUUCCAGUGCCAUUGCUCCGCGUUGUACUCUUAAACCGAGCGCAGUGCUACAUCAACAUCAAGGACUACGAUAGCGCAGUAAACGACUGCCUCCGCGUCCUCCAGCGCUACCAUUCAUCACGACCCGAGGAUGCUCAACUAAUGAAAAAGGUCCACUGGCGCCUCGGGAAGAGCUACUUCAACCUCGACAUGCUGGACGAGGCCAUGGAACAGAAGAGGCUCUACGAUCAGUUGAAUCUGGUCUUUUCCGGCGUCAAUUUUGACAUUCCAAGCUCCCUUGCGCGGCCCCAAGCAUCAAAAACCUACGACGAAUUCAUCGCCAACGUUGAUGCUCGCCCUUUCAGAUUCGAAGUUCGGGUGAUCAGAGGGGGCGCCGAACGUCCAAAGGACGAUCCCGACUUUGUCUAUACCGAACAAGCCCCAGUUGAUCUGUGUCGACUCGGCGGCAUGAUGCUGGAAAUGAAGGCGAUCCAAUUCGCCAAUUCCGUAAUUGACAAACACUACGACGAGAUACUUGGCUCGGAGCCCCGCUGGAAAUGUUGCCUUUGCGCAAAGGAGGCGCCGGUAGUGCUUCAUAGGCCUCAGCCAAGCCUCGACCACGAGCCCCCUUUCGUAGUGGACAUAGUGUAUCCCCUCUGUGAAGACGGUGGGAAGUGUCACAAGGAUGCUGCGAAGAUGCAUUACACCCUGAUGUGUUUGGAGGGGACCUUUGGCAAACAGGACAACUGA